AACCUGGAUAAAAUUGAUAUGAGAUGAGAUGUAUAAAUAAAUUUGAAUGAAAACUCAUAAAUAUUGCGAAAUAUAAUUUUGAAAAGCAACAACUCUUCUUAGAGAGUUUCACCAUGAUUGAUAUUCGGCGAAGGUUGAAGUAUUUGGUGUGUGCAGUCGUGAGGAUCUGCGGUGGUUGGUGUCUCAACCAAAGAAUAAGACUCUGUGUUUUCGUGAUGGCGCUGAUGUGUGCUUUCUUCACCAUACUAGUCCUCGCCUCGGCAAGCUAUUACGUCUGCAAACGAUCGCUACGUGAGUGCGCAGCCACUCUGGGUGUUCACUCGCCCCCGGACUACUCGCCGUCACAACGGAUCGUUCACGCCCAUAGCGCGCAGAAUGAGUCGAUGGCAAAAAAAAUAACAUCGCUAGAGGAGAAAUUGAACAACUUUGAAGUCCGAUAUCGAGUAAGGCAUAGGGAAGUUGUUUCCCUGUUGGUAAAACCAGUUACCUAUAACUUUCCGAAAGAGACUGCGCCAUAUCCUCCAGGCUACAGUGAAGAAGCAAUGAACAUGAUACACAACUUGACAGGGACCAGAGUACUGAACGGUUUGCAGCCAAGGUACAUCCACCGCAUGCAGUUGCCGUUUCUCGUCCAAAUUCUGACUCACUUGCUCAAUGACCCGUUUAGCUUAUGGCCCCUUUAUCAUCUCUCCGGCGCUAGACACUACAUGGAUUUUGUCAUCGGAAUACCGACUGUCAAGAGAGAUAAACAGACAUACCUCUUCACUACUUUGACGUAUCUCAUUAAGGCACUAUCAGCGGAAGACAAAAGAUCAGUCGUCAUCGUUAUCUUAGUUGGUGAGCCUGACGUAACUUACAUACUGAAACUGGCUAGACAGAUAGAAAUAAUGUUUCCAAGAGAAAUUAGUGACGGUGUCAUCGAAAUCCUAGCACCAAGUCCGGCUUACUACCCAGAACUUGAGGAUUUGUGUCCGACUCUUGGUGAUUCCCCGAAACGAGCCAUGUGGCGAACCAAACAGAAUUUGGACAACAUCUAUCUUAUGGCCUACGCUAUUGGCAAGGGAGUCUACUAUCUGAUGCUGGAAGAUGAUGUUACAACUAAAAAAGAUUUCUUACCGGAAAUGAAAGGUUACAUUGAGACUACGACUGAAAAGACCCCUCACUGGAUUUUCAUUGAAUUCUGUCAGGUCGGCGCCAUCGGAAAAGUUUUCAGAACAAGGGAUCUACUGCCUUUUGUGACGUACUCACAGAUAUUUUACAGCAACAUGCCCAUAGACUGGCUAUUGGAGAGCUAUUUGGCCGAUCGUGUCUGUUCUAUUGACAAAAAGUCUCUCUGUCCAGCGGCCGCUAAAAAGUAUAAACGUUUAGAGAAGAAAUCGUGUGCUGAAAGCAAACUCCGCGUCCGACCACGGUAUAAGGUCUCGCUGUUCCAGCACAUCGGUGUAUACUCCUCGCUACAGGGAAAGAUACAGAAGGUUCAGGACCCGCAGUUUGGCAAGGUCCAGUCGUAUUUUCCACACCAGAAUCCGCCAGUGCAAAAGAUCACGACAACAAUCGAGGAUUACUACCAGCACAGUAUCCAGAACGCUUAUGAGGGAAUCGAUUUUUUCUGGGGCAAAAAACCCAAGAAAGGAGAUACUCUAGAGUUUUGGUACGGAAGACCACUGCAGAUUAAAAGGGUUACGUUCCGGAGUGGGAAUGCUGAACAUAUCACGGAUCAGUUUUACAACACCGUUGUAGAGGUUUUACCGGCUUUCGGGGACAACAACUUCACUACUAUCCUGCACUUCGAUGAAUUUGGACUAGCAGACGGCGACGUGGAGGAGGAAUUCUCUCUGGUCAAAGCGAUCAGACUGAGAGUUAACGCGGAUAGCAAGUAUUGGGUCAUCUUGAGCGAGAUUUACAUUCAGACACCGGACGAAAAGAAAACUUGAAUACUUCGAUCUUUUUCCAUUUUGCUUGUCGAGCCGUCUAGGACUAGAAGAUACUCCAUCGGCCGAUACACGUAGCUUAAGUUAGCGAUAACAAGUUGAAGAUAAAUAAUAAUUACAUUUUAAACUAAACCAAUAUCAUCACAAUUCUCUACUAUUUGUCUUUCGUUUUUUUAAGCAGGCCCAUUUGUUUUGUGUUCAGAUUUGCCGUGUUCAUUGAUGUGAGCAACUGGCUAUUUAAUUGUCGAGCGCUUAUAAUAGUCGGAAGAGGUUUCUAAAUGUAUUUUAUAGAUUACGAAGUUGAUUAUGAACUACUAUUACUUAUCUACAUCGUUGUACUGUUUUGCUUGGUUUUUAUAUUCAACCAUUAGGCUGCGAGUUCCGAUCGCCAUUUCGAUAGUCGUCCACGAACGAAACGGGGCUUUGUCGCUACCAAAGAGAUUACUUUUCACUUUUUUGUUUGGCUCGCAUUAAAUUGAAAAAUUUGUAUUUUUUUCGUACAACCAAGUCCCGUUUGGGUUCAACUACAACACGUUAGUUAUAACUGCACGAAUCUUUUUAGUAUUUAAGCAUAUUCGGUGUUAGAUAUUAAGCUGAGGCAUUCGUAACAUAAGUCCACACAAACUAGGUUAUUCUAUUAACUAACGUGUUGGCUAUCAGUCUCAUGUUUAGUUUAGUUAUUUCUUAAACAUAAGACACGAGGAUGCUCUCACCAGAGGACGACCCUGUGGCUUAUGUCCCUACAUUCAUUAUGUUUGUCUUAUUCAACAUAUUACUACUCUUAUCCUACUUCUUGAUGUGGUUUAUUUUCCGUAUAAUAAUAUAAUUAACGUUUUUGAAUGUUUGGAAAUAGCGCACAAAUGGCAUAUAGGAAGAAAACGUGCAAGGACUGAUUUUAUCAGGGGGAAAUAUAUUAAAGAUGGUUAGGUUUGUAAGGUCGCAUUUACAACAUAAAAAAACGUCUUUACCUAAUAAAGGAGCCAGGUUUCCAGACGUUUAGCUUACUAAGUUUAAUAUAAUAUUCAAUGUAUGUAACCAUAGUUUUAAAAUAUUUAAAUCUUAUUCAACAAAUUUCAUCUCUUUUUAAUAGGCUAAGCAUGUAAUCGUAGAUUAUAAGCAAUUAUGGUUACCAACUAUGGUUGAGUUUUAUUCCGGGAUGUCUGUGUGAAAAGCAAUGCCAAAGAUGUAAAAUGGAAGUGAUAGCAUGCUUACGGCACACUAAUAUUAUUUAAUCUAUGUCUAUUGGCAGAAUAAAAAAAUAAAAAAAAACUAAUAAAAUGUCUUA